UAAUUCAAGAGUAAAUAAAAACGAAAACAAACCUGUUCUACUUAAAUAAAUUUUCCAUUAAAGAAAAAUGGAAGAAAUGGACACCGAAAAUGCAAAUCAAGAUUUAUGUUCUGAUAGUUCAUCAGAUGGCAAUGAAGAUGAGGAAGAAAAGCUUAUUGAAGCCCGAGCUGCGGAGUUGGAACAACAAGUUUCCGCAAAUCCCUAUCUUUAUGAUAAUCACGUUGAGUUAACAGAACUCUACCGAAAAUUGGGCGACUUAACAUCAAUGCGAGCUGCUUACGAGCGAUUUAGCACAGCUUAUCCAUUAACGGCUACAAUUUGGCUACAAUGGAUUCAGGAUGAAAUCAAAAUUUCCCAAACUGAUAAAGAAAAAAGAAGAAUUCUUGAUUUAUUUAAGAAGGCAAUAAGAGAUUAUCACUCUGGUCAUUUAUGGCAAGAAUAUUGCCAAUAUGCAAUUGGUAAUUGCUCGAUAGAAGAAACGCGAGAAAUCUUCGAAAUGGGAGUUUCCGUUAUUGGUAUACACGUUUCCGAGGGUUCUCUUAUUUGGGAUAUGUACAGAGAAUUUGAAAUGGCACAUUUAUCAGUUACUAAACCGGAAUCGGAAGAGUUUACGGAACAAUUAAAUCGUGUAAUUAAUUUGUAUCAUCGACAACUGCGUGUUCCUUUGUUAGAUAUGGAAAAUACAAUGAAAGAGUAUCAACAAUUUAUUGAACAAUUACCCGAUGAUCACGGCGUUGAUGUAAAACAAAUUGAAUGGGCCUAUAACAAUGCUUUAAAAUUAGUUGAAAAAUACAAAAAAUUUGAAAACGAUUUAUUAACAUGCGAUGACGACAAUGAGGCUUUUAAUAUUUACACAAAUUACAUAAAAGCCAUCGAUGAUCGUAUAUUAAUUAUUUGCACUUAUGAACGAGCGGUUGCAAGAUUACCUUUAAACAUAGAUUUAUGGAUCGCUUAUUGUCAAUUUGCACCCCAAUUGGGGAGAGUUGCAUUAACAGUAACUGAAAAAGCUGUUAGAAAUUGUUCUUGGGUUUCAGAUUUGUGGGGUUGGAGAUUAAAAGUUAUGGAAAUUCAUAAAGAAAAGCCUGAAGAGGUAUUAUUAUGUUUCGAAGAAAGCUUAAAAUGCGUAGGAAAUCAAGACCAUUUAAAAUUAUGGCGAUAUUACAUCGAGUAUGUCCGAAGACAAGAAAACAUGGACAUGAAAUUAAAAACGAUUUUCUCGCAGGCGAGAGAACAGCUUGCUUUCGAUCCCGAACAAUACACAAAAUUAUUGAGGAUGGAAGCUGAUUUGAUAGUUAAAACUGAUUACGAGGAAGCAAGGAAGAUUUGGAGCGAAAUUAUGAGUAUUAAAGAAAACAAAAAUUCAGGAAUUUUAUGGGUUUCCUUUUUAAGUUUGGAGAAACAUUUCGGAACAUCCCAAAAUUUGAGGAGCUUAUACCAAAAAGCGAUGAAAAAUUGUCCUGAAUGGGCCGAGUAUUUCUCUGAUGAGUGGAUAAUGCACGAGCAAGAAACAAAUACAGUCGAGAAUGUUAUGAAAUGUAUGGUAAAUUCUAAAAAAAUGUUAACCGAAAUACAAGCUAAAAAUAAUAACCACGACAAUGAUUUCAAAAAUUCAAAAAGAAAUUUUUAUGAAACUCAAAAUUCGAGAACAAUAGAAAGCGAAUUGCGAGUUAACAAAAAACUUAAACAAAAUCAAAAAGAAGUAAUCGAAAAACCAUGUAUUAAAGUUGUUCAAAUUCCAACAGAUUUAGAUCCAUCAACGACUGUGUUUAUUUCAAAUAUAACUCCAAGUGUUUCAGAAAACGUAAUAAAUAAUCUUUUCCCAAAUUCAUUGAAAAUAACUAUUCCUACCGAUAAAUUUGGUCAAUCGCGUUGUUUUGCUUAUGUACAAUUUAAAGAUCAAGAAGAAACUAACGAAGCACUUAAAAGAGAUCGAGAACCUAUCAAUGGACGACCAAUGUUCAUCUCAAAAUAUAAUAAAGAUAACAAAGAUCGACAAAUUGCAUUUAAAUAUGAGACUAAACGUGAACCAAAAAAAUUGUUUGUUCGAGGACUUCCUUUAAUGUACGACCAAGUUGCUGUAGGAAAUAUUUUUAAAGAAUUUAAUCCUGUUGAGGUUAGAUUGGUGACUAAAUUUAAUGGUAAAUCGAAAGGUUUGGCUUACGUAGAAUUUCCUACGGAAGAUAUUGCGAAAAAAGCAUUGUUAGCUACAGAUAAUAAGGAAAUUGAAGGUUUUACAAUUUCCGUUGCUAUUAGUUCUCCCCCUCCAAGUAAAGGUAAAACUGUUCCGAUGAAAAGUGUUACUGCUCCUUCUCAACAUCCAAAAAGUCGACUACAAUUUUUACCGAGAUGUUUGGAGAAAAACAAAAGUUUGCCAGUCGAAGGGAAUACAGUUGUAAAAUCAAAUGAUGAUUUUCGAAAAUUAUUUAAUCAGAAAAAUGAUUAAUAAGUUUACUUUCCAUUAUAUUUGUUUCUUUU